UCAAAGACAACAACACACACUUCAACAUCAUCUCCUCGACGCGCACGAAUCUUCCAACUCUUCACAGACAUUCAAGAUGCCUUCGGCUACGGGUGCCUCUUGGGAAAAGUACAAGAAAGAGUUCGCCGACGACGAAAUCGAAGAAAAGAAGAUCACACCUCUUUCCGAUGAGGAUAUUCAAGUAUUAAAAACCUAUGGCGCCGCACCCUACGCAGCCGCUCUCAAGAAACUAGAACAACAGAUCAAGGAGAAGCAACAGAGCGUGAAUGAGAAGAUUGGCGUCAAGGAAUCAGAUACUGGAUUAGCACCACCUCAUCUCUGGGAUGUCGCCGCCGACAGACAACGAAUGUCCGAAGAGCAGCCAUUACAGGUGGCGAGAUGCACGAAGAUCAUCCAGGACGAGAAGGAUACCGAGAAGAGCAAAUAUGUUAUUAACGUCAAGCAAAUAGCAAAGUUCGUCGUGAACCUCGGAGAGCGUGUCAGUCCUACGGAUAUCGAGGAGGGCAUGAGAGUUGGUGUCGACCGAAACAAGUACCAAAUCCUGCUACCUCUCCCACCAAAGAUCGAUGCCAGCGUUACGAUGAUGACAGUUGAGGAGAAGCCUGAUGUAACAUAUGGUGACGUUGGGGGAUGCAAAGAACAGGUGGAGAAGCUGCGUGAAGUUGUUGAGAUGCCGUUGUUAUCACCAGAGCGAUUCGUCAACCUUGGUAUCGAUCCACCAAAAGGUGCUUUACUUUAUGGUCCACCAGGAACUGGAAAGACUCUUUGCGCCCGAGCUGUUGCCAACAGAACAGACGCCACAUUCAUCCGAGUCAUUGGAAGCGAGUUGGUGCAGAAGUAUGUAGGAGAGGGUGCACGAAUGGUCCGCGAGCUUUUCGAGAUGGCACGGACGAAGAAGGCUUGCAUCAUUUUCUUCGAUGAAAUUGACGCUAUCGGAGGAGCUCGAUUUGACGAUGGUGCUGGUGGCGACAAUGAGGUUCAAAGAACGAUGUUGGAGCUGAUUACUCAACUGGACGGUUUCGAUGCUCGAGGAAACAUUAAGGUCAUGUUCGCCACCAACAGACCAUCUACUCUGGAUCCCGCCCUCAUGAGACCCGGCCGUAUCGACCGAAAGAUCGAAUUCUCCCUCCCAGAUCUCGAGGGUCGUGCAAACAUCCUGCGAAUCCACGCCAAGUCUAUGUCCGUCGAGCGAGACAUCAGAUGGGAGCUGAUCUCCCGUCUUUGCCCAAACUCGACUGGUGCUGAGCUUAGAAGUGUUUGCACGGAGGCGGGUAUGUUUGCUAUUCGUGCAAGAAGGAAGGUUGCUACCGAGAAGGAUUUCUUGAGCGCGGUCGACAAAGUCAUCAAAGGGAACUUGAAGUUCAACUCUACUGCUACUUAUAUGCAAUACAACUAGAUGGCUCGGGAAGAUGGCGGAUGUACACUAGCUGGCGCAGGUGUUCAAGGCAGCAUUAAUGAGAGCAAUUUGAGACCUGGUUCUUGAUACAAUUAGAUCCUUGACGUUGUCCAUGUGGAGAAAAAUUCCUCCUAAUCUCAGAAUCAACAGCAAA